AGUGGAGUCAGGCAGUGACAGAAAUAGAUUUCCGGGAAACACUUGAGUGGAGAAUAAAAAGGCUGUUCAGCAGCAGAAAUCCUGCAAAACUGAAACCAGACUCAGAGAAGAAGAGGAGCUGCAGCAGAACAAAGUCUCUGUCUUCCUCGGCCUCAACAUGAGUAUCUUUUCAUUAAUCAACGUAUCCGUAUCCAGCUUAGCCCACCUACUGAAGAAAAACACAGACAAGGAUGGAAAAGAAGCAAAACCUGGAGACUUGAUUGAGAUCAUCCGUGGUAAUUACAGUCACUGGGCUGUGUACGUUGGAAAUGGAUACGUGGUUCACUUUGGUGCACCCAAUGCUCAGUCAGGUUCCAGCACUGGUGGAGUAGACGGCAUUGUGAUGAAAGACAAGCUUGAGGAUGUGGCGGGAAAGGACAAGUGGAGAGUCAACAACAGUUUGGAUAAAAAGUACAAUCCUCUUCCACCAGAUGAGAUCGUGAAGAAAGCCUGUUCCCUUGUUGAAGUUUCACUGAAGUACCAUCUCACAACGUACAACUGUGAACACUUUGCCACUGAGAUGCGCUACGGCAAAGCUGAGUCUCGUCAGGUGCUGCAGACAGUGCAAAGUACCGUUGCCACUGUAGCUGGAAAUGCUGUGGGUGGUAUUCCUGGUAUUAUUAUUACACUGAUCGGUUUACUCCGACAAAGGUCAACAUCUUAAUAACCCUAAAAGAAAACCUUGAUGAAGUCAUGAACCAUAACCAUUUCAAUUGUCUUCCAAUGAGUCGCUGUUGUGGCCGUGGCAGUCCUUCUGAGAGGAGGGAGGGUUCAGACUGGCAUCAUAAAAUACUCCACGACUUCCUCUUUAGCAAAACAAAGCAUUUUAUUCAAACAAUAGAAGUUACAAGAAUUUCAGUACCCCCCCCCCCCCCCCCCCCCUUUGCUGUCUCCAAAAACGUUAGUUACAUUUUAUACAAAAACAAAUGAUGAAUUUCAUAAUAUGAUCUGGUCUUAAUGUUAUAAAUAGAACAUACAUACAAAUGGUAAAUGGCGUAUACUUAUAUAGCGCUUUUCUACCUACAAGGCCCAAAGCUCUUUAGAGUCACAGUCCCAUUCACCCAUUCAUUCACACACUGGCGGCCUCCAGAGUCAGGUGGGUUUCAGUGUCUUGCCCAAGGACACUUCAAUACAUGGGCAGGAAUCAAACCUGCAACUUCCGAAGAGGUGUCGACCUUCCUGCCACUGCACCACAGCCACCCCACCGACAGAAAUUAGACUGAAUCUGGCUUCAACAAGCAGUUUUCCUUUAUUUUUUUUUAUUUAUUUAGUCGUUUACUGUUGGAACAUUCAUAUUAUACAGAGAUUGAGACUAUCUAUAUAAUAUAAACACACUAGCAGUUAGGAUCAUUUUUCAACAAACAGUUGAAAUGAUCACAGCAUCAUUAUAGCAUGAAUUAUCAAGUCAAGUAACUUUAUUUGUCAAGAGCUACAAUGUUGACACAUACAUAGAAAUUGAAAUUGCGUUUUCUCUUCAUCUUCAGUUAAACGGGGAGACACCUUCAAAUUGCACAAUAAACAAACUACAAAUAGAAGAGGCCUAAAUAUAAAUAGUACAAAAAAAUAAAAGUAAAAAAAUGAGGAGAGAAUAAAGUGACUAGAGAAUAAAGUGACUGAAGUACAGUACUUAAAUUUUUAACGGCACUAGAGGACUGGUGGAAGGUGCAGUCAGUGCUGAUGAGGUAGGUGACGUGUGUGCGUCAGGGAUCAGCAGAGCAGGAGGGCAACAGGGCAGCAGGAGGGGAGGGGGGGCAGGGCUGGGAGAGAGUUCAGCUUCCUGACAGCCUGGAGGAGAAAACUGUCUCUGAGUCUGCUGGUCCUGGCCUGAAGACUGCGUGGUCUUCUCCCAGAUGGAAGCAGACUGAAGGAGCUGUGGGAUGGAUGGGUGGGGUCAGCUGCAAUGCAGAGGGCUUUACGGGUCAGGCGGGUGUUGUAGAUGUCCUGGAGGGAGGGGAGGGGGGCACCGAUGAUCCUCUCAGCUGCCCUCACGAUGCAUUGGAGGGACUUCCGGCAGGACGCGUUGCAGGCGACAUACCACACCGUGAUGCAGCUGGUGAGGAUGCUCUCCACGGCAUCUCUGUAGAACGUGUGCAUGAUGGGGGAGGGACUUUUGCUUUCUUGAGUUUACGGAGGAAGUAGAGACGCUGCUGUGAUUUCCCAGCUGGUGAUGCGAUGUUCUCGGACCAGGAGAGGUUUUCUGUGAUGUGCACACCCAGGAACUUGGUGCUGCUCUCUGUUUCCACCGUAGUGUUGUUGAUGGUCAGAGGAGCAUGCUGAGUGUGGCCUCUCCUGAAAUCCACCACCAUCUCCUUCGUCUUCUCCACGUUCAGGAGGAGAUUAUGGUCUCUGCACCAACCGGCCAGGUGGUUCACCUCACUCCUGUAGUUUGUCUCAUCGCCGCUCCUGAUGAGACCCACCACUGUGGUGUCGUCGGCAAACUUAACGUAAAUGUUGGAGCUGUGUGUCGGAGUGCAGUCGUGGGUCAGCAGGGUAAAGAGGAGGGGGCUCAGCACACAUCCUUGGGGAGCCCCCAUGUUCAUCAUGAUAGUGCUGGAUGUGUUGCUGCCGACUCGCACUGCUUGUGGUUUCCCCGUCAGGAAGUCUAGCAGCCAGUUGCACAGAGGUGUGUUGAGCCCCAGCUGAGCCAGUUUGUGGGUGAGCUGCUGGGGGAUGAUGGUGUUGAAUGCUGAACUGAAGUCAAUGAACACCAUCCUGACAUAUGAGUCCUAACAUCCUAACAUGAUCUGAAGAUUUAAUUUUUUAAGGUAACUCAAUAAAUAUUUCUGUAACUUUUUCGCUUUGGAAAAAACAAAAGGGAAAGUCCUGUCCAAGUUAACAUGGUUAAAGUCCCCAGUGAUAACUAUAAAUGCAUUUGAUUGAUGUUCCUGUAGCCGGGAAAUGGUGUUGCUGAUGACGUCAGCAUCAGCUGAUGGUGGAAUGUAAACAGUAACCACGAUGGUGGAUGUAAACUCCCGGGGCAAAUAAUAAGGCCGCCAUCCGACCGUCAAGAGUUCAACGUUCAGGCUACAGAGUCGCUCCUUGACACAAACAUGUGUUGGAUGGCACCAUCGCUCAUUCACGUACAGUAUUAUUCCCCCUCCUUUCUUCUUACCGGAUACAGUGGCGUCUCUGUCCGCCCGCACGGUCACAAAGCCGGGUAAGGCGAAACUAUGGUCCGAGAAAUGUGGAUGGAGCCACGUCUCAGUGAAACAUAGUACUGCUCUCCUGGUAUUCCCUCUGUGUGUUGAUUGUCGCUGCCAUCUCAUCGGUCUGCUCUUGAGAGCAUACAUUCCCUGUGAUUCCAUGCUGUUUGUAGUGUAUUGGAGGUGUUAUACGCUUUGUGUCUACAGGUGUCGCUGUGAGAUUUGAGCUUGUAUUGUGGUGCAGUAAAAGACAACUGAAUAAACAGAAUAAACUGAAAACUUAACUCCUUA